AUGGCUUCAGGAGAUACGGAUCACAUCGAAGUAAUGGACAGUACGGCAUCCAAAAAGUUGGAUAACACAACUGAAGCUUCCGCUACGGAGGACGAUGAUCGUGACAAAGUUUCUAUUGCUGAGAAAAAUGCACCAUACGAUCCGGCUGUUGGGCCUUCGGGCGCCAUCAGCAAGGUGCACAAGUCGGACAGGAAGAUUGGCCACCGUCGCGUCGGCGAGGGUGGCGAAAUCACCUACAAGAAGAUUCAGUCGUCCCAGAUUAUGGGAUCUAUUCAACUCGGAAUCCAACACGCAAUUGGUGGUCUAGCUUCAAAACCUGAACGUGAUCUUCUGAUGCAAGAUUUCAUGACUGUUGAGACGACGAAUUUUCCUCACGAGGGCUCCAAUCACACGCCGGCUCAUCAUUACUCCGAAUUUAAGUUUAAAACGUACGCACCGAUUGCGUUCAGAUACUUCCGAGACCUGUUCGGGAUUCAGCCCGAUGAUUUCUUGAUGUCAAUGUGUAGUGCUCCACUCCGCGAGUUGAGCAACCCCGGUGCGUCCGGUAGCAUCUUCUACCUAACCAUGGACGACGAGUUUAUUAUAAAGACGGUGCAGCAUAAGGAGGGAGAGUUCCUUCAAAAACUGCUACCUGGAUACUACUUGAACCUGGAUCAGAACCCGCGCACAUUACUACCAAAGUUCUUCGGCUUGUACUGUUACCAGUGCAACAGCAAGAACGUGAGGCUGGUCGCAAUGAACAACAUACUGCCAUCAUCUGUCAAGUUACAUCAGAAGUACGAUCUCAAAGGAUCCACUUACAAGAGAAAGGCAAGCAAAGGAGAACGUCAAAAGACAUCACCUACUUACAAGGACUUAGACUUCAUGGAGCACCAUUCAGAAGGUCUAUUCCUCGAGGCAGAUACGUAUAACGCUCUCAUAAAGACGAUGCAGCGGGACUGUCGAGUCUUGGAAAGUUUCAAGAUCAUGGAUUACUCUCUGCUUGUCGGUAUUCACAAUCUCGACGAGGCUCAGAGAGAAAAAACCGAGGCUCGGCUACGUAAUGACCCUGGACAAAGCGACGAAGAUGCAGAAGGUGAACCUAAGAAGAGCGGGCUCAAUAGAACAAGAUCGGAGGGCAGGGACGAUUUCAACGCACAAGUGAAAAGGACCCAGUCGAUCAAUCGCCAACGGCUGGUCGCCCAUUCCACAGCUAUGGAGAGUAUACAAGCAGAAAGUGAACCCAUCGAUGAAGAAGAGGAUGUACCUCCUGGCGGAAUUCCAGCGCGGAACGAACGCGGUGAGCGCCUUCUCCUUUUCCUGGGUAUCAUUGACAUCCUGCAGUCGUACCGCCUUCGGAAGAAACUGGAGCACACGUGGAAGAGCAUGAUCCACGAUGGGGACACAGUUUCGGUUCAUCGACCAAGCUUCUACGCUCAGAGAUUUUUAGAUUUCAUGGCAAAAACUGUAUUUAAGAAGAUACCUUCGUCAUUGAAACACUCUCCGUCUAAGAGGAAGAGCAUCGCCAAGCCGAAUAGACCGCUAGAGGAAAUCGACACACCAGGACGUAACUACAUCGGCAGACCGAUAACAGAUUACAACCCUGAUAUGUUGAGGCAGUCUAGAUUAUCGCCUAGAUCUUCAAGGAGAUCGAGUAUGAGCGAUUUUACCGACACCACAAUCUCAACAUGGAAUCAGAGACACCCUCAAAUUGCGACAGAAUACCCCUCAGUGCUAUCAGAUAGGCUGAAAAUGGACAGAGAUAGACUAGGUCCAUAUCCUAGACGAAUAGAGUUUGACACAUCAAAUAUGACCAGGGACCCCUGCACUUCAUACGCUAGUAAUGCAUAUAGAACCUCAAUACAAGAUCGUAUGGAGAGUUUAUCAGACCAGCUGACUAAGGUUCUUAGUACAGGAGCUGGCAGUUCCCAUAUCAAUGGAAGUUUAGCCGAUAGCGGAAUACAAACAGAUAAUACAAGUACGAGUGUCCCCCAAAUAUACGUAGAAGCUCAUACAAAUUUUCCUAAGAAAAAAGAUGCAGCAGUUGAUACCAGAAACGAGAACAACCUCCAAGAUAUUCCUUUCAUUGAUGAUGAAGACGAUGACUCCAGAUGGAAGAGGCGAUCGAACAUUCUAGAGAAACAUAAAAGCACAUCGAAUAUACCAGAAAGGAUCGAUGAAGUUAGUUCUAAAGAGCAUUCGAAUGAGCGCUUAACAAACAGCCUGAAUAGAGCCAAAUCACCAACAUUUGUCGAAAAAUUCAAACAAUUUUUCGUCGACAUUGGCUUAGUUGGCAAGACUGAGAGCGCUACCAAUAGUCCAAGUUCAGCUGAAGGGGCUAAUACCUUACCAAAAAGUCUAAGUUCAAGUUACCGGCGCAGCGCCUCACCAACUUUAGAGCCUAGAGAAGCCUCGACCCUUCCUAAAGACAUGAGAUUUAGGAAAGUGAGAUCGACGCAAACAGUUUAUUUACGACCAGAAUCUCCAAUAACACAAGACAGAAGUAUUCAAGUCAAAGAUCACGUUUCUGUAGUCCAGCUAAACGGUGAUGAGCAUAUAACAGACUCAGAGUCAGAGAAGGUGAUCAAAGAAAUUGUGUACAUUAAAAGUAUUGAAAAAACUGAAAUAUAUGCAAGCAAAAAUAGCGGUAGUACAAUUAUAAUAGUACCACCUGCCGAUUGA